AUGGCAUCAAUAUUCCAAUCUGCCGUCCGGCGCUCAUCCAGGGCUCUUUACUCCACUGUUUUUAAAGCGCCAACCCGGCAGGCCCUCCGCUCGACCUCUGCUUUCCAGUAUUCCGCAACAACCCGUGACUUCACCUCUCUCCACCAGCAAAGCGGAUUGGCCGCGCAGAGCCAGCGAUACCGAUCCCAGCUCGCUAAGCCCCGAUCACAACUGCGCUGGUUUAGCGAGAAAUCCGGGAACGAUCUACGCCAAUGGGGAUUUGAAGACAUAAACGCAACUCUCCCAGCUGAAGAGCCCUCCCCAACCCACACUCCAGUCUUAAUUGACGUCCGCGAGCCCGCCGAACUUACCGGAACGGGCAUCAUCCCCCACGCCCUGAGCAUCCCGCUCGCCUCGCAGCCCGACGCGCUAUUUCUAACCGCUGACGAAUUUAAGACUCGCUUCGGGUUCCCGAAGCCCCUUGUGGAUCCUAAGCACCAGCUCGUGUUCUAUUGCAAGGCUGGUGUGCGGGCUCGCGCGGCGGCACAGUUGGCUGUGCAGGCUGGGUAUGAUCCUGAGCAGAUUGGUGUCUAUGAUGGAAGUUGGUUGGAUUGGGAGAGGAAUGGAGGCAAGGUUGAAAGAUGGGAAGGGCAUGAUUAG